UACCAAUCAUGUGGCUCGUCCUGCCCCCGACAGAUUGGAGGCAGACCUUAAACUUGAGCCGCAUCCUACAGCAUUACUAUUGGCCGCUGGCAAUCGCUUUGUCAGUUGAUUGGAGAGAAUGAAUGUCCAUCAGCGUCACGCUCCGAGUCAAGGAGAGGCGAAACGAGGGGGAAGACGACUUCCCUCCGGAGGGUAGACGGGCCUGCUGGGAUACUCCCGGAUGACUGGGGAAGGCAGUGGGCGGGUUUCGGCGUUCCGCGGAACGCCGGGAAGGGGUUACUUCUAGACGACGGUUCCGGUUCCGGUGUGUGGGGGGGGUGGGGGGGUUGAGUUGCCGUGGCAACGCGGUAGCCGGGCGUAGAGUUGCUGCAUCGGGGCGACGGCGGGGCUGGAGUCGGCCCGGGUCUGCCUUUCCCAGCCUAGAUUCAUGGAUUCCAGGUAAAUCAGAGGAACAGAAAUAUAUAGGAAGUGUGGAGGUGCUGAAGCCCAGGCGUUGCAGAAGACUGUGUCUGCCCCUGCAGCUGCCAUGACUCAGCCACCCCAGGAGGGCUUCGACAGGAGCGUGGAGGAUGCCCGGGAGUGGAUGAAGGCCAUGCAGGAGCGACUGCAGUUCAACGACAACACCCAGGGGCCCCGGGUGGCCCUGGAGGCCAGGCUGCGGGAGACCGAGAAACUAUGCCAGCUAGAGCCGGAGGGGCGCGUGAAGGUGGACCUGGUGCUCCGGGUGGCUGAAACCCUCCUGGCGUGUUGCCGUGAGGACCAGAAGCCCGAGAUCCUGGCCCAGCUGAAGGACAUCAAAGCCCAAUGGGAGGAGACGGUCACCUACAUGACUCACUGUCACAGCCGCAUCGAGUGGGUGUGGCUACACUGGAGCGAGUACCUGCUGGCUCGAGACGAGUUCUACCGCUGGUUCCAGAAGAUGAUGGUGGUGCUGGAGGCCCCCGUGGAGCUGCAGGUGGGCCUGAAGGAGAAGCAGUGGCAGCUGAGCCACGCCCAGGUGCUGCUGCACAACGUGGGCAACCAGGCCGUACUCCUGGACCGGCUGCUGGAGGAGGCGGCCUCCCUGUUCAACAGGAUCGGGGACCCCAGUGUGGACGAAGAUGCCCAGAAGAGGAUGAAGGCUGAGUACGGUGUGGUGAAGGCCAAAGCCCAGGACAGAGUGAGUCUGCUGGAGCAGAUGACCCGGGAGCAUGAGGAUUUCCAGGCAGAUGUGGAUGAGUUCCAGCUGUGGCUGAAUGCGGUGGUGGAAAAGGUGAACGGCUGCCUGGGACGGAGCUGCAAACUGUCCGCCCAGCACGGUCUCUCCAUGCUGCAGGACAUCGCCAGUGAUUUUCCCCGGGGUGAGAAGUCCUUGAGGAGGCUGGAGGAACAGGCUGUGGGCGUCAUCCAGAACACCUCUCCUCUGGGUGCAGAGAGGAUCACCGAGGGACUGGAGGAUAUGCGCAGAGCUCUGGAGAAGAUGCGCGUCCUCUGGGAGGAGGAGGAGGAGCGGCUGCAGGGCCAGCUCAGGUCCAUGGGGGCCAGUGAGCAGCAGUGGCGGCAGCUGGAAGCCGAGCUGGGAGAGUUCAGGAAGGACCUCCAGAGGCUGGCCAAGGAGGGCCUGGAACCCGCAGCGAAGGCGGGGACCGAGGACGAGCUGGUGGCCCGCUGGAGACUCUACUCGGCGACGCGGACAGCGCUGGUGGCCGAAGAGCCCCGGGUGGCCUGGCUGCAGGCCCAGCUGAAGGAGCUCAUCACCCUCUCCCGUGACCCGCAGCCUCUCUCCGACAGCGUGGUCGCUGCCCUCCAGGAGUUCCAGAGCAUGAAGGGGAAGAGCACCAAGCUUCGCAAUGCCACAGGGCUGGAGCUGUGGCAGUGUUUCCAGCGGCCUCUGCAGGAUCUGCAGCUGUGGAGGGCCCUGGCCCAGAGGCUCCUGGAUGUUACCGCCAGCCUGCCAGACCUGCCCUCCAUUCACACCUUCCUGCCCCAGAUCGAGGCGGCCCUGGCUGAAAGCUCCCGCUUGAAGGAGCAGCUGACGGCGCUGCCGCUGAAGAAAGACUUGCUGAGGAGCGUCUUCGGCCAGGACAGAGCGGCGGCCCUCUUGGAGCAGGUGGUGAGCUCCGUGCGGGACCGGGACCUGCUGCACAACAGCCUUCUGCAGAGGAAAAGCAAGCUGCAGAGCUUGCUGGCCCAACACAAAGAUUUUGGGGCUGCUUUUAAGCCCCUCCAGAAGAAGCUCUCAGACCUCCAUGGCAGGGUCCAAGCUGAGAAUGGGCUUCAGCAGGACCUUCCUGGGAAACAGGCCCAGCUUUCAAGGUUGCAGGGGCUGCAGGAAGAGGCGCUGGACCUGGGGGCAGAGAUGGAGGCCAUGAGGCCUCUCGUCCAGGGGAACCCCGGCCACCAGCACAAAAUGGACCAGAUUUCCACCGACUACCAGGCCCUGCAGAGGUCUCUGGAGGACCUCAUGGACAGGGGCCAGCAGAGUGUGCGGGAACACUGCACCUUCCGCCACGAGCUGCUGGAGCUGCGACAGUGGAUUGCCAUGGUCACUCAGAAGCUGGAAUCACACCAGGAGGAUGCAGGCACAUGGGACGCCCAGUCCCAGGAGGUCAAAGUCGAGAGGCUGCUGGCUGAAUUCCCGGAGAAGGAGGCCCAGCUGCCCCUGGUCGAAGCACACGGCCGGCUGGUGAUGAAGAAGUCUUCUCCGGAAGGGGCUGCCAUCGUCCAGGAGGAGCUAGAGGAGCUGAUGGAGUCCUGGCAGGCCCUGAGGCAGCUGGAGGAAAGCCUGCUGAGCCUCAUCAGAAACCAGCAGCUGCAGAAGACGGAAGUGGAUUCAGGGAAGAAAAUGAUUUUCACCAACAACAUCCCGAAGGCCGGGUUUCUCAUCGAUCCCAUGGAUCUUGUUUCCAGGCGUCCCCGUCAGGCAAACCCACUCCAGGAAGAAGGCAGCCAUGAAGGUUUCUCCCAACUCCUGAGGGACUUCGAGCAGUGGUUAGAGGUGGAAAAUGCCAAGCUGGUUAGAAUCAUUGCGAUGAGAACGGCCACCGCCAAGGAUUUGAAGACCAGGGAAACGAAGCUGCAGGAGCUGGAGGCUCGGGUGCCAGAGGGUCAGCAUCUCUUCGAGAACCUCCUCCAUCUCGGGCCAGCAAGGGGGACCUCCAACGAGCUGGAGGACUUGCGUUACCGGUGGAUGCUGUACAAGUCCAAGCUCAAGGACUCUGGCUACCUGCUGACGCAGAGUUCUCCAGGGGAGCCGACUGGAUUCCAGAAGAGUCCGCGGUGGCCGGCGCGGUGGCGAGGACUCGGCUCCCUCUUCCCGAAGGUGUGCUGCGUGGCGCUCCCCCUGCAGCUCCUGUUCUUACUCUUGCUGCUCUUGCUGCUCCCUGUUGGGGAGGACAGCCGCAGCUGCUCCAUGGUCAACAACUUCGCCCGCUCCUUCAGGCUCAUGCUCCGCUACAGCGGCCCGCCGCCCACCUGACCCCAGGUGGCCCCUCUCCGACCCUCCGCCCGCCCCAGCACUGCUUCUGGGGCUGCGGAGGCAGGCGGCCGCCGGACACAUACUCUACUGACGUUCUCCAAAGAAAACCACUUUUUAUACGGUGUCGUCUUAGUCUAUUUAUACAGAAGCUGUCCUGUGUGUGACUAGGGGAUGGUGGAUAGAAUUUUUGUAGCCUCUGUAUGUAGAUGCUUAGUCUGUAUCGUUUCAUAUAUGAUGUCUCUUUGUGGGGGGGCCGAAUUCCUAGCACUUUGAGGGUCCAGGGGGAUUGGGUGGCAUUUUGCCUUGGUCUGCAGUUCCCCCCCAACCCGCGCCCUGAAAAGCAGGAGCAAAUAACAUGUCACUUAUGGCCACUGCUUGCCCGGAAGCUGAGCCCUGAGCCCAGCUGUGAGAAGACCCCUGAGCUGCGGACAUGGAAGAGCCACACAGGCCCUCACUCGGCGCCCAGUUACUCUUGCUUUAGGCACAGUGAGGACAAAGGACAGCAGCUUAGACGCUGUGGGUUGGAAGCAGAAGUGGUGAUUACCGAAGGCGGGCCUGGUGACAGCAGUGACAAGUGACAAGUAAUAGAGUGAUAUCAAGGAAGGAAAAGAGCUAUAACGAGGAGACCCAGAGCAUUGAAACAGCACACAGCACGGGGGCUCCAUGGGUGGGGGAGGGACCGCUAACCGCAACCCCCCCCCCCAGCCUCCGAUAGCACAGAGCCACAGUGGAGGUCCGUGGCCAUGACACUGAUCCGCAGGCACGCUGAGCUGGGGCCCCACGUGCUGUGUGCAAGGAGAAGGGAAGGCGAGAAACUCGGUCACAGGGGUCUUCAUGCAGAAUGGGGAGCGCGCUGUGUGCAUCACCCCCGGGAAGAUGCAUCCCUUCUGUUGCUCUCUGCUUUUUCCUGGUCUGCGACUUGAGCCGAAGGGCCAGAAGGGAUGCAUCUGGGAGGCCAGGUACCAGGGAUCAAGGGUCCAGGACAGGGAUCAGAGACGGACCUUAGAGCUGAGCCUGUCUGCAGGGCUCUGCCUCUUCCUCCCGCAAGAAGGGACUUCAGAGAGAGGCGGGUCUUCUGGGCCCAGAGUGUCCCACACAUGGCCUCACAAGAGGCCAUGGCCCGGGCCGCCCCAAACCCCAAAUGAGGCUCCCUCUGGGCAGGGCAAGGCUGUUAAUCUCCCUGCAGCCCCUGGGGAGGAGCCGGGGGACCCUGUGCUGGGCCCUGAGGCCAGAAACAUGUCCCUUCUUCCCCAGGGAAUUCUGGAUGGCUCCUAAGUGCAUUAUAACUGGAUCAUGUUUUUCCUUAAUCAACACUAAGUGUCCUUUCAGAAAACGCCUAGUGCCCAUUCUUUACAAACUGAUUUCGUCUGCAGGAGACCAAGACGGGGUCCUCUAGGCCUUUGGGAUCAUAAAGUGUCCAGACCCAGAAAGGCCCUGUAAAGGGAGAGAAACGGAGGAUCCAGGAGGGUCCUGACUGGUGGCACCAAGCCCCGCCCCGCAGCACUCCUGCACACUCGGCCCCACCCUCUCCAGUGGCAGAGGAGGGCCCGAACCCAGGCUUCCCUGAAACUCAGCGGAGCUGGGCAUUCACAGGCAGGAAAAUGGUACUGCCCAGAAGAGGUCUUGGUUUGCACUCAGAAAGCACACUUUUCUCCAGAUACCAGGAAACGAGCCACAAGACCAUUCUCCAGGGACCACUGCCGUGGAAAAUCAGGGCUGAGUGAGCCAAGGCCUUGGGCCCAAGCUGGCCAAGCCCAGGUGCUCACUGGGCCGUGUGGCUCCGGCCGCUGGAAGGUCAGACUAUGGCAGGGCCUUCGAGCAAUCUCCAUUCCCACUCUCCCACUUUGCAGGCCGGGAGGCUGAGGCCCAGAGAGGGGAGGAACUUAGCCAUGGCCACACAGUGAGAGCAGGAAGCCAGACAGAGCCAGGCACCCCCACCCUCUGGCUCACUGUAGCGGGACCCCCCCCCGGCCCCAUGUCAGGAGCUCCAUCAAGGAGCAGGUGCUCCAGGCGAAGGCUGCUGUGUCCCCUGUGGCCCACGUCGGGAAGGGGGGAUCUGCAGUGUGCAGGCUGAUGGCAGCAGUGGGGUGGGGUGGGGUGGGGUGGAGAAUGUCUCUGCAUAUUUUUUAAACUUUGAUAAGGAGGCCAUAGAGCCUGCUUGUUUGCAUAACUUUUUUAAAAGAGAAUUGAUAUUUUCAUUACUUUCCUAUAAAUACAGUUGUGAAAUAAUAGCUCACUUGCUGGUGCUUUUCAAGUGUAAUCUCUUCUGCUUAAAGUGGAUGCAGACAGUUAUGAUUUUUAUGACUUUCCAGCUUCCUGAACAACAACCGCAAAGAGCUUUCAAGUGCCAUUUGAGAAAGGUGCCCCAGUGGGGCCUUGUGUGUUUAUUUUUCCUCUGUGCCCAGAGUGAGAGUCGUGGAAAGAAAUGUGAAUAUCAUGGCCCGGCCCAGCUCUGUGUGUUUGUGUGUGUGUGAGAGAGACAGACAGACAGACAGACGGACAGAGAGAAGGGAAGAGGAAGAGAAGGAAGAAGGGGAGGGGGGAGUAUGGGAGCAGGAAGCAGAGGGAGAGGGGAGGAGGGGGGGAGAGGAAAACAGUGAAUAUGACCAAAGGUGCCGGUCCCCUCCUCAGCUGCCCCCCACCCUGUGCCCUUUCUCUUAGUCUGACCUCGCGGGGAAAGGCCCAUGCAGGACCCGAGGGUGAGGGGUGGGAUGUGUGGGUGCGGAUGGCAGGGGAGACUCAGGAGGAGCUCCGCUUCGGAGCAGAGGGGACAAUGGCAUCCAAAACAAGAGUGCCCUCCAUUUGGUACUUGCAGGUGCCCGGCCCCUUGGUAGGCGCCGGAGGAGCCAUAUUUCGUUUAAUCCCCACGACAAUUCUCGGGGAGUGACAUUAACUUCACCUCCCCGACAGGGCUUCGGGCUGGCUCUGCCGGGGUGCAGGGAGAUCUCAGUGAGUGGGCGCUCUGCCCUCCACUCGGCGGGAGGACCAGCUCCCACAUGGGCUUCCCUGCUGCUCUCGUCCUAGAAUCGGCACAGGGUCACCCCCCAGGUUGGGGGGGGGCAGAGACCCCAGGGUCCUCUGCAAACACCUUCACACCAGUUACUUCCCACUGCACAGGGAAGCAGGGCUUCCUGCCCCGCCGCAGGCUGGGCAGCUCUCUGUCCUCCUGCGCGGUCCCAGGCAUGGCUGGUACGCGGAUAAGCCCGCUGCCCAGCACAGGGUGGGGACUUCAGCUGUGGUUGUUGAAUCCCAUGAAAAACCCCAGAGGCGAGUGUGUUUGACACCUCAACCCCCCUUCAGGGUACAGAGGAAGCCUUUUGGACUCACUCGCAUCUCUCACCACCUCAUCUCUUUUCUCCGGGCUCUUUGCUCUGGAUGUGCAAGCCCUCAGAUGCUACAUGUUUAUUGUCACUUCUCUUCCUGACACAAUUAUUCAUCUGCAGCCAUGGGUCAUGGUAGAAAUUUGUGGUUGGAAAUACCAAACUGAGAAGCCCACUUAACCCCACUGGAGAUUUUCUGAGUUGGAAAUAAACAUUCUAUCGAUCAAUUUGGCCAAGAAUUAGGAUAAGCUCUUGCCCCUCCCCACCUCCUGCCCACUGUUAGUCCCCAGAGCAGGGGCACUGAGGGACCCCCAAGGGAGGAAGGGAGACUGUGCCUUGGGGGGCGGGGGGUGAGGGGUCCAGGGUGUUCUGUGAAUCCUGAGGAGCGGCUCACGCUGGUGGCGGCACAGGGAUGUCCAGUAAGCCUCUUGUGUCCCUGGCCCAGCCGGGAUUGUGCCCUAAUUCCCUCUCUCAUGGGAACUCAGCUACUCCAGCGGGCCACCCCCCACCCCACUCUUCUCAGCCAGUCUGACCGUCACCAGUCUGGGGCAGUACAGGAGAGGUGGCGAGGCCGUGAACUGAGAGCUCAGCACAGGCCCAGCACUAAAUACACCGACAUUUACUGCUCUUACUGCAUCCAGGGCAGACAUUGAUCGUAGAUUACUGAGGUCUCCCCUCCCCCUCUCCAGCCCAAAUGGGCCUCAGAGUCCUUCUCAGAACCACUCCAGGCAUGGGGCGCCUGGGUGGCUCAGUCGUUAAGUGUCUGCCUCCGGCUUGGGUCAUGAUCUCAGGGUCCUAGGAUCGAGUCCCACAUCAGGCUCCCCGCUCCGCGGGAAGCCUGCUUCUUCUCCCUCUCCCUCUCCCCCUGCUUGUGUUCCCUCUCUCGCUGUGUCUCUCUCUGUCAGAUAAAUAAAUAAAAUCUUUAAAAAAAAAAGCCACUCCAGGCAGCUGCUGCCAAUCAAUCCAUUGGUCAUUCGAGAAAAACCUGUUUGACUUCCUUGCACCUGAUACCCAUCCCCUCAGCAAACUCAAUUUUGGCCGCCUCCUUUCUUUUUUUGGGGGGGGUUUAAAAUGAAGAUGUUCCCAAUCAAAAAUCACUUUCCUUAGUUUAGUACAUGGGUGAUGCAAGCUAAGCCCAGAAAGCAGAUAAUGGGAUGAAUUACCAGAUCGAACUUUCAAGGGAAGCAAAAUGGAGUAGGAAAUGCUAAAUUACCUGGUUUUCCAAAUGGUCAGAGGUGGAAGGGUUUUUAUAGACUGUUGUUCCAACCUGUGCCCAUUUUGCAGGGGAGCAAACUGAGGUCCCAGAUGCUCCUGUCCACCCAGUGACGCAGGGAGUUAGGUCCGGAGCUGGAGACAGGUCUCACCGCAUCAGGUGACAGAGCGACAGUGCUCAGUGCUGGACAGGGUGCAGAUGGAGCUCUGCUGUUAACGGCUGGGUGACCUUGAAUGAGCGCCCUGUCACCGUCCCUGCAACCAUAAAAGGGGAAGUUAGCCCUGGAAUCCCCUGUCCUGCUUGAGAUGUUAGCUAUUCUCAGAAGAUGGUGGUGGGAAAUCCCUAGAUUCAGCCCAGAAUCUCAGAAUCCCUCCUUCCACCAGCUUUGACUUAAACAACCGGGGACUUUGCUUUUCCCUCAUCCUGAGAAAUCUAGCCAGGUAGUUAUUGGCAUCCUUUGCUCAGCUCAGGGAUGUCAGAGCCAAGGAUUCUUUUUUUUUUUUUUAAAGAUUUUAUUUAUUUGACAGAGAGAGACA